UAGACGUCACCUCCCGUAUUUCCACUGUCAUUACGUAUUCAUAUUUCCAGCUGAAGGGCAGGUAAAUAGAUUAUAUCAUAAGCGUGAUUGCCCUUCAUGUGUUCUUUAUUCAAAUAUGCCGGAUUGCUGUUCAGUUUUUACUUGCUCUAAUCGAGCUAAUCGAGAAAAGGAUAAAGGCUAUUAUAGGAUACCGAAAGGAAUUCUCCAUAAAGGGGAAACAUUAAAAAAACUAACAAAAAGACGUCGUGAAAAGUGGCUCAGAAACCUUUCAUUGUCCUCGAAAGGUAUCGAAAGCCCCCAUGCUCGCGUAAAUGGUGAACAUUUUGUUAAAGGUCGUCCAAGCAAUGUCUACGACGAACACGACGUUGAUUGGGCUCCUACACUUAAAUUGGGUCACCAGAAAUUAAAACCUAUUCGUGAAAGUGCCAUUAAAAGAAACGAUCGGAACAAAAAGCGAUACCUUAAACGACGCCAUUCCGAAGCAGCCGUUGCCCUCCUUGAUUUACAAAAGCUGGCUCGACUGGAGUCUAACGUCCAUCAAGAACAUGAACACCCAGGAGAAAAUAACUUAUAUUUACAACAAAAGUCAAAUAUCAACCAUGCUGAAUGCCAGACUGAAAGACAGGUUCAAUAUGUAGAGUGCCAAACAGACCUAACAGUCAACUAUUUAAAGUCAAUGGAAGAAGACAUAAAGAGAUGCAACGAGGAAAUAUGCACACUUAAAGAGAAAGCCCUUGAAGCACUAAUCAGUAGAAGAAGCUUUGAAAAGGAUAAUGACAAGACCAAGUUUUACACUGGGCUGCCAAACUUCCUGGUACUAUAACAAGUUUUCAAUCUUUGUGAACCCUUUAUAACACAUACGACAAGAUCUUCUUCGGGAAAGUUUGAGCAAAUACUUUUGGUUCUGAUGAGAUUGAAAUUAAAUCUUCUACUACAGGAUUUAGCUUACAGGUUUGGAGUAUCAUGCUCCACAGCAUCAAGAAUUUUUCACAAAAUUGUUACCAUCAUGCAUCAAAGACUCCAGUUUCUUGUGGAGUGGCCAAGCAGAGAAACAUUGUGGGCAACUAUGCCUAUGGAUUUUAGAAAGUCCUUUGGAUGCAAAGUUGCUGUUGUACUAGACUGCUUUGAAGUUUUCAUUGAGCGACCAUCAAAUUUAUUAGCUCGUUCCCAAACAUGGUCUAAUUAUAAACAUCAUAAUACUGUAAAAUUUUUGAUCGGAAUUGCUACACAAGGAGUUGUGACCUUCAUCUCAAGUGCUUGGGGAGGAAGAGUGAGUGACAAACAAUUAACUGAAGCUAUUUUGGACAAUUUAUUACCUGGAGAUGUUGUUCUUGCUGAUAGAGGUUUUAACAUUGAGGAGAGUGUUGGGCUUUAUUGUGCUUCAUUGAAAACACCAGCAUUUACAAAAGGGAAAACACAGUUAUCACCAUAUGAAGUGGAAGAGACCUGAAAAAUUGCAAAUAUAAGAAUACAUGUUGAAAGGGUGAUAGGACUGGUUCGUAGAAAGUACCAAGUUCUUCAAAGUGGUGCUCUUCUGAUAGAGUACAUGUACAAAAAACCUGGCAAAGUACAAUCAGUAAUUGAUAAGAUAGCAGUCAUAUGUUGUGCUUUAACUAAUUUAUCUCAAUCUGUAGUCCCUGUGGAGUAAAACAAUAGUCCCUAAAAUUGAAAACUUUGAGAGCAACAUGGAAGAAACAUCUCCAUCUAUUUUAUUAAUAAACAUCUUCAUCUGUUUAACUAAAACUUUUGAUAUAUUUAUUGCUACUUGAUGGCUAGAGCAAUGUUUGUUAUAAAUAUAAUGCCAUCUUUAAGUUUA